AUGAUUGUCCCAUCAAUCGUCGCCCUUGCUGUUCUUGCCAGGACUGCAUCAGCAGCAAUCGCAUCGACCUUCACGGCACCAGCUCCUGCACCGACUUCUGAAUCACCAUUCUAUGUCGGUGCUGCAAACUCCACCAUCACCAAUACGCCCGUCGUGAACGGAAAGGUCUUUGACCGUUUCAUUCAGAUCUGGUUGGAGAACACCGACUUCGCCACUGCAGCCUCUAAUCCAGUCUUCAAGUCCCUCGCUCAGCAGGGCAUUACCUUGACCGGGUACUACGGCGUAACCCACCCAAGUGAACCAAACUACCUCGCCUCAGUUGGUGGUGACUUCUUCGGUUUGGCUGCUGACGCAUUGGAGUACAUUCCUACCAACAUGUCCACUAUCGUGGACUUGCUCGAUCAGAAGAACAUUAGCUGGGCUACUUAUCAGGAAAACAUGCCCACGGAUGGCUUUGAAGGAUACAACUUCACAAAUUCGGACAAUUAUACUUACUACGUGCGCAAGCACAACCCAUUGGUCAUCUACGAAUCCGUAGCGAAUAUCAGCACCAGAUCGGCACGCAUCAGGAACUUCAACGACUUUGCCGUCGAUCUUGGAAACAAUUCGCUUUCUCAGUGGAUUUUUAUUACUCCAAACCUUCGCGACGACGCUCACGAUACUAAUGUUGCAUAUGCCGCGUCCUGGCUUACCUAUUGGCUCUUGCCCUUGCUCCAAGACUCGAGGUUCAAUAACGACAGGACGCUUAUCUUGCUCACCUUCGACGAAAAUGAGACGUAUACCAUUGGUAACAAUGUAUUCAGUCUCCUCCUGGGUGGAGUUCUCCCUGACGGCCAGAAGAAUACCACUGAUUCAACGUUCUACACACAUUACUCAACAAUAACUGGGAUCUCGGUAACCCUCGGUCGUCAAGACACUAACAAGACGAUGUUUUCGACUUCGUUGCUUCGACCACAUUAUAUAAGAACAACAACCUCACGGCUUCCUCUGUUCUUCCCGAGCUCAACAUCACUGGGACCCAUCCCAGGAGCGUUGAACCCUGACUACUACGUCCCCUAUUUGGCACCCACGAACGGCACUGGUGGUGGUAGUGGACCGACCUUUGUUGCUGCUAACGUCAACAUGUCGCUGAACUCGGCUACUGCUCCCGCACCAAUCAAUAUAACUACAGCUGCAACCACCAGCUCUGCUGCUGGUCUGACGAGCAAUGCAGGCGGCAUGCUUGCUGCAAUUGCUGCUGUCGCAGCCGCGGCAAUGCUGUUCUAG